GUGGCCCUGGGGGUUUCCUUGGGUGUCGGGGCAGGCGCUGUGCCCAGUAGGCGCUAGCGGGUCCCUAGAGUCCCGGUUACCCGUGGUGGCAGCUGCGUCCCUGCGUCUCCCUGUGGCAAGGGACGGAGGGGUCCGUCUGUGUCCAUCUCGGUGCCUCCUCUCCCCGAGACCUUCCGCGCAGAGGUGGCGGGGGCAGGGGCCGGGGGCCGCCGCCUUGCUCCCGGGUCCCAGGAACCCGGCCACUCCUGGAAGCCAGCCCGCUCCAGCCAUGACCCUGGGGCUUCUCCUGGCCCUCGCCCUCUGGGCCAGCUGCCUGCCCUGCCGUGGAAGGGAAGCCACUCCCACCCUGCCCAGGGUGCAAUGUCGAGCCCCCCGAUACCCGCUAGCGGUGGACUGCUCCUGGACCCUGCGGCCAGCUCCCAACGCCACCAGGCCCGUGCCCUUCAUUGCCACCUACAGGCUUGGCCUGGCCGCCCAGGGAGAGAGCCGGCCCUGCCUCCAGUCUACACCCGAGGCCACCAACUGCGCCAUCCCGGACGUCCAGCUGUUCUCCAUGGUGCCGUAUGUGCUCAACGUCACGGCCGUCCACCCCUGGGGCGCCAGCAGUAGCUUCCUGCCCUUCGUGGCCGAGCACAUCAUCAAGCCUGACCCCCCGGAAGGCGUGCGCCUGAGCCCCCUCCCCGGGCAGCAGCUGCAGGUGCGGUGGGAGCCUCCCCGGUCCUGGCCCUUCCCGGAGAUCUUCUCGCUCAAAUACAGGAUCCGCUACAAGCGGCUCGGGGCCGCCCGCUUCCGUCAGGUGGGGCCCAUUGAAGCCACGUCCUUCACCCUCAGGGCUGUGCGGCCGCGGGCCAGGUACUGCGUGCAGGUGGCCGCGGAGGACCUCACUGACUACGGGGAGUCGAGCGACUGGAGCCUCCCUGCGACCACUCUCGCGAUGCCUCGCGACUAGUGGGGGUUCCCAGUGUCCCUAAAGAGGGGCUGGGUCCUUGACACCCCCGACUCCUGCUGCCAGCCAUUUGAGGGUGGACGGGACCCACCUGGCUGGGGUCGGAGUCGUGGCUUUGCUGCCGCCAAGCUGCUGGGCAACCUCAGGCAGCUGACUUUGCCCCUCUGAGCCUCAGUUUCCCAAUCUGUGAAAUGGAGAUGUGCUCUCCCCUUGAACUGUGGAUGUGAGAUAUUUUUUAUUUAAGAUAAGAAUCUUGGAAUUUUAGUUAGAAAAGACUCACUGUUGGCUGGGUGUGUUGGUUCAUGGCUGUAAUCCAAGCACUCCGGGAGCCCAGGGUGGGAGGAUUGCUCGA